UAUUUACAGUUCGCAAAAUAACGAUUACACCUUCGAUACGCUGCCUAUCGAACUUAUCGGUCCAAGCUGAACCGAAGCGUCUGUCUUGAACACAUAUCCAAAUAUCCUAGAAGCGUCUGCAUAAAAUUUGGGCUCUAAAAUGGACUUCAAUUACCAUGUGGAUUCGGCACUAACCACUUUAUCGGAAAACCAUAAGUUCUUUAAGGAAAUGGCAGAAUUCGUUUCUGAUUUCAACGAUGGCGGGGAAAUCCAGAAGUUGCUGGACCAGAACGUGGAGCUCGCCGAGGAUCUCAUCCGAACUAAGAGCAAGCACCAAUUGCUCAACAAGGCUCUGAAGCAUGCCAAAAACUCUAGCAACACCGUCGAGAAGUUCGAGGAAGUCUGGAAGGAGCGCUCCGCAGCGGUGGAGCAAACGCGCAUCGAUGUCAAGAACUCAGCCGAGUUCAAGAACUUCAUGAAAGCGGUGGAAUCGGCAGCUCCCCAGAAGGGUGCGGAAAUCAAUGGUCAAGCGAAUGGCCCCGCCCAUGAUGAGGACCUUAUCAUGGAAGCCACCGGCGCCGAGGUCUUCUCGCUCUACGAUCCCUGGUCCAAGGCCCUGAUAAAGAACCCCGUGCGUAACAAAAUUUGCGGCCACGUCUACGACCGCGACUCGGUGAUGCUGAUCAUUAAGGACAACAUUGGCAUUCGAUGCCCGGUGCUCGGCUGUGCCAACAGGUCCUACAUCCAGCCAGUGCACCUGGUCAAGGACCACGACCUACAGCAGAAGUUGCAACAGCGCAUGUCCGACGCGAUCGAGGAUGAAUCUUCCUCGGAGGAAGAGGGACAGGCAGAUCAUUAAUUAUGCGCAACUUCAUUCUUGUCGACUAAUAAGCAAAUAAUAAGCGCCUUUAAACUUUAAGAUUUAAAUAAGACGUCGUCUUGUUAAGAUUUAACUUUAUAAAUAAAAAAAAACACUCAUGUGGAUUGAUUGAAAGAA